CCCAAUUAGAACACCCAGAGAAAACCAAACCAAAAUCUAUCUCGAUAAUUUUAAUUUUCUAGUACGAUUUUCACCUUUUUUGUGAGAAGAUUUAAUCUGGGUUCUGUAGAAAAUCAUUGAAUUAUUGAUUAAAGUGAAAAAGAGCUAGCUCAAAUUGAAGAAUUUUCAAUUGGAUAAGACCUGAACCAGAUCAAUACCCAAAUAUAUUAUAUAUAUAUAUACAUAUUAUAUAUGGCUACAGAGACGAAAACAGCUGUGGUGAAGUUGAAACCCAGUAACCAAGAUGGUUCUUCGAAGGGAAAAUUUGACCAUUCUAUUAAUCGGAAGAAGAUCGAGAGCUCGAGCCGGCAGAGUUUUGAUUCAAAGCCCAAAACAAUAACAACUACUGUGAAAACUGAGGUUAAAACAAAAACAACAGUAGUGUCAUCAAAAGCAACAACAUCAAAAGUUACUACUAAGGUGAAACAGAAGAAAGUUUAUACCUUGGCUGGCCAGAAAUUUGAUCCUCCUGAAGAGAGAGAGCCCCUGAGGAUCUUCUAUGAGUCAUUGUCUAAACAGAUUCCUAGCAGUGAAAUGGCAGAAUUUUGGAUGAUGGAGCAUGGUUUGUUAUCUCCUGAAAGAUCCAAAAAGGCGUUCGAGAAGAAACAGAGAAGGCAGAAAGAAAUUCGGUCGGGAAUUCCUAUGAAACCUUCAAAACCACUGAGCAGACCAGAAAGUUCACAGAAGAAGCCGCUUCAAAAGCCGCAGCCAAAGCCACAGCAACAGCAAAAGCCACAGCAGAAGCCGCAGCAGCAGCAGCUAGUGUCAAAGAAGAGAGUUAAGAGUGAUGACGAUACCGAUGAUGAUGACGAGGAUGACGAUUUCAUUUUAAGUCCCAAGAGAAGGAAAUUCUAAAAGGGAAUAAAAAAAUCAUCCUUUAUUAAAUUGUUGAAGAAACCAUAUUAGAGUUGAGUGUUUUUCAUUGUAAACCAGCCUAAUAGAUGAUUUUUUUUUUAAAAAAAUAAUACAUUUAUUUUAGUUGAAAUAACUUUGUGAAGUAAAACAAUAAGACUGGAGUGAAUUAAUUAAUCACAAUUUAUUUCUCUUA